CACAAACCACCGACUGCGUCGAAGGAAGCAAAUCGAAACUCCUCAAUGUGUUCACCUUCAGAUAAAUAGUUUGUCCCCCCCUCCCCUCCCCUGCCUCUUCUCUAAAUUUUAAUCGUGUUUGGUGUCUUGGCAAAAAUGAAUGGCUCUCUGCACCCCUCAUCCGGCGUGGUGGACAUAACACUGAAGCGAGGACCGGCAGGCUUGGGCUUCAAUAUAGUUGGGGGUGUGGACCAGCAGUAUGUUGUGAAUGACAGUGGCAUAUAUGUGUCCAAAAUAAAAGAAGAUGGAGCUGCAGCGUUGGAUGGAAGACUCCAAGAGGGGGACAAGAUCCUGGCGAUCAAUGGAAUCAACCUGACGGAUCGGACACAUAAAGCUGUAGUGGAACUGUUCAGGACAGCAGGGGAGGAUGUGGAGCUCCGCGUUCUGAAAAAGAAGUCCUUUCACAUGAACGGACCUUUGGGCUCUCAACCCGAAGACCAAUCUUCUGUGUUUUCUCUGGGAAUCCUGGCUGCUUUAGCGGGAGCUGCCAUCCUCGUUUCACUCAUUUACAUGCGUCACAGUAGGAAAAGCUUUUAACUAAGUCAGUUACGUCUCUAUGUUAUUUUUAAGAUCAAAAACUUUGCUAAAGGCCAAAGAAGCAAAAGAGGGAACAAAGUUGAAACCGUAGACUUUUUUUUUUUUUUUUGAUUAGUAGGUGUUGGUGUCACUGAUGAGUUUCUCCAUGUUCAUGUUUAUUAUGUGAUUAAUGGUAGCUUCUUGACACCCUUCCUAUGCAAAAGGAUGCUCUCUUAUCACAGAGAUUACUGCUAAUAUAUAGUUUUGUGAGAGUAAGGAGAUGAGAAAGGAUGUACACCUGACAUUCUUGCUGCUGGACUGAGCCCAGACAGAAACAAACGACUUCCCAAACACAGCAGUUGUAUGCAGAAAACCUUUAAAUCCAGACUCGCUCAAGCUUCAGGGUCCAAUCACAAACUGAAGACAGACAGUGUUGUGUUCAGUGACUUGCGAGCCUGUACCUUCGUCAGUGAAUGGCAGAUCUGUCUGAGGGGCGACAUGAGAGGAACUCAUAUCUGUACUUUCAGUUUCUCUGUGUUCACAGCUCAUGUGACUGGGUUUGAUUUUCAUUUUGCUGUGUGCACGGAAUCAGGGGAGGAGCGGUGCCCUGCUGUGCUGCUUAGACUGAGCUGGGGGUUGAAAAAGCCCACAGUUAAUGUGAUUAAUUGUGUCUCGUAAUGGACUUUCUGAGUGCCUUUUUUCUGUCUGUUCCAAGUAGCUGGUUCUGGUUGCUUCUUAUCAUUGAUCAAAAUGAAAAUCAAUCCACCACGUCCAUUAAUACCAUUAAAUUAAAGGAUAUAUCUUGCAAUUCUUUUUUUUUUUUUGUCAACAAAUCCCGUAAAAAGCUCCAAACCAACAGCGACCUAUUCCGUCUCUUAAUAAUUUCUAACUUUCUCAGACACAAGCCCACUUGUUCAUGAUGUAAAUAUAUUAAAAGCAGGUCAAAAUAUAUCGUUUCAUUUUCAAAAACAGCUCAGUAAUUUCCUAAAACAGCUGGGUACUGUAGGUUUUAGCAGACGUUACUAAAACAAGAGGAAAUAGUGCAUUUUUUUGGGAACUGCAGGACAGCGUAUGUGUGAUUAAAUCAAAAUAAAUUAUAUGGUUCCCAUGUUUAUCUUAAUGAAGGACCCUGUCGCCCAGUGCAAUGGUGGGGCUCAGCAGUGGAGCUCUAUGGCAUAGAGACAAAAGAUCAAUCAAACAAUACUUAGUUAAAUUCAUUGUUGGGAUUUGUUGACAGUAAGAAAAAUGUCGAUUAUUGCCAGACUCAUCCUUUAAAGUAUCGUUCAAAGUUACGCGCCAAGCAGUUUCCCUUUUAAGAGUUUAUUAUAAGAUGUCAUAUGUUCACUCAGGGUGAACCAUGAAAUAUAUAUCAUAUGGUGAGCAGCCCACUUCCUAAUGUUGAGUCACAGCUGAAGACUCUCUGAGAGAUGCUGCCGUGUUUGUGUCACAGCCAUCUCAAAACAUUCCCUUAAUUCUGCGUCCGAGGCCAGUGCACGUAAUCACAUCGCGCCUUCUGCUGAAUGAUUUGUUUUGUGGGGUGAAUAUGGAAAUUUGGAGUAUGUUGAAACACAGGAAAAGAGUUGUUCUCUGGUGUGAAGGACUAAACAGCUUAAUUUCGAAAAGCAGCUUGUGCCAGUUCCCUUUAAAGGAGAGUUUUCUUAGAGAUUCGUUGCUGUCCACGACUUUAAAUGUUCAUUUUUUGCACUAGCCACAGUCAUGGAGUUCCUCCAGUAACGGCCAUAGCGCAGAUGAGUUGAAUGAAUUGUGUGUGCUGGGUGUAUUUGUCCAGAUUUGUCGGUCUGCAGCGCAUCUAUCCUGUAAUUGUCUCUGACUGAGUGUGGCUCUUUUUGUCUGUAAAUACAUUUCAUGUCGCUCUGCUGAUUGGGACUGUGAAUAUGUGCAGUAUACCAGAGAAGUAGAUCCGAAGCACUACUAAAUUAUGCAAAUAUUGUGUGUUUGACAUCCAAGCACCCAUUAAAAUUCAUGUUGAAUUCA